ACAGAAACCAGAGAUGGCCAUGGCUCGGUGAGGUGACGAGCUGACGGGCGGAUGGCCCCCACUAUCUCCACUUCUCAGUCCUGAAAAAGUUUUCCUGAAAAACCACAAGGGGAGGAGAAGACUCCAACGGAACAUAAGGCACACAAGACAAGAAAAGGAUUAGGAGUGAGGAGCAAGGAAAGGAAGAAGAGUGCAUUAGAUAUUGCGGAGGCUUCAGAGAGCUGGAAAGUAGCUUCUAGAUGAAAGGACCAAGUUGUCAGUAGCUCUGGUUUUUGGUUUUUUAACUUCUGCACAAGGCUAUUACAUAAAAUAACUCCGCAUUAGGAAACAAUCGUCUAAAAGGAAUUUACCUCCUUUAUAUUGAGAAAAUAUAUUCAAGCUCAGUGGUUUCAAAGCUCCUUGGAAUUUUAAAACAUGUUUCAAGCCUUUGUUCGGCAAGCAUACCAACCGCUAUCCAGCCACCAGCAAGGGGAAUCUGAAACGAAGUACAGGGGGAAGCUGGUGCAUGAAACUCAGCUCAACUGCUUCUACAUCAAACCUGGAGGUUCCAAUUAUGGGAGUCCCCGUCCAGCUCAUGCCAACAUGAAUGCCAAUGCAGCUGCAGGGCUUGCCCCAGAGCAUAUCCCUACACCAGGGGCAGCUCUGUCCUGGCAAGCUGCAAUUGAUGCUGCCAGGCAAGCCAAAUUGAUGGGUAGUGCUGGCAAUGCAACAAUAUCCACAGCUAGCUCCACGCAGAGAAAACGGCAGCAGUACGGGAAACAGAAAAAACAGGGUACCACGACAGCUACGCGUCCUCCCCGGGCACUGCUGUGUUUAACACUGAAAAAUCCCAUCCGGAGGGCAUGCAUCAGCAUCGUCGAAUGGAAACCAUUUGAAAUAAUUAUUUUACUGACUAUUUUUGCCAAUUGUGUGGCCUUAGCUAUCUAUAUCCCCUUUCCAGAAGAUGAUUCCAAUGCCACCAAUUCCAAUCUGGAACGAGUGGAAUAUCUCUUUCUCAUAAUUUUUACAGUGGAAGCAUUUUUAAAAGUAAUAGCAUAUGGACUUCUCUUUCACCCCAACGCUUACCUCCGCAAUGGCUGGAAUUUACUAGAUUUUAUAAUUGUGGUAGUAGGGCUUUUUAGUGCAAUUUUAGAACAAGCAACCAAAGCAGAUGGGGGGAAUUCAAUAGGAGGAAAAGGUGCCGGAUUUGAUGUUAAAGCACUGCGGGCUUUCCGAGUAUUACGUCCCUUACGACUGGUGUCUGGAGUUCCUAGUCUCCAGGUGGUUUUAAAUUCAAUUAUCAAGGCCAUGGUCCCUUUGUUGCAUAUUGCCCUGCUGGUGCUGUUUGUCAUCAUUAUCUAUGCCAUCAUUGGACUGGAGUUAUUCAUGGGAAAGAUGCAUAAGACCUGCUACCACGUGCAAGGGGGACUGAUAGAUACGCCUGCAGAAGAUGACCCAUCUCCCUGCGCCCCCCAGUCCGCACAUGGGCGGCAGUGCCAGAAUGGAACCGAGUGCAAGGCAGGCUGGGAGGGACCCAAGCACGGCAUUACGAACUUUGACAAUUUUGCUUUUGCCAUGCUGACAGUGUUUCAGUGCAUCACGAUGGAGGGGUGGACAGAUGUACUCUACUGGAUGCAGGACGCUAUGGGCUAUGAGUUACCAUGGGUGUAUUUUGUCAGUCUGGUCAUCUUUGGAUCCUUUUUCGUUCUAAAUCUGGUACUUGGUGUGUUGAGCGGGGAAUUUUCCAAGGAAAGAGAGAAGGCUAAGGCUCGGGGAGAUUUCCAGAAGUUACGGGAAAAGCAACAGCUAGAGGAGGAUUUGAAGGGCUAUUUAGACUGGAUAACUCAAGCAGAAGAUAUUGACCCAGAAAAUGAAGAUGAAGGCAUGGAUGAGGAGAAGCCUCGAAACAGAAGCACUCCAGCUGGCUUGCCUGAUAAGAAGAAAGAAAAGUUUUCUUGGUUUAGUCACUCCACAGAAACCCAUGUGAGCAUGCCCACCAGUGAGACCGAGUCCGUGAACACAGACAACGUCCCUGGAACAGAUAUUGAAGGCGAAAACUGCGGUGCUAGGCUAGCGCAUCGGAUCUCCAAAUCUAAAUUUAGUCGCUAUUGGCGCCGAUGGAAUCGAUUCUGCAGACGAAAGUGCCGUGCUGCUGUCAAGUCCAAUGUUUUCUACUGGUUGGUGAUCUUCCUUGUGUUUCUCAACACCCUUACCAUUGCCUCUGAACACUACAACCAGCCAGACUGGCUCACUGAGGUUCAAGACACUGCCAAUAAGGUGCUGCUAGCUCUUUUCACGGCAGAGAUGCUGCUGAAGAUGUACAGCCUCGGUCUCCAGGCCUAUUUUGUGUCCCUCUUCAACCGCUUUGACUGUUUCAUUGUGUGUGGAGGAAUCCUGGAAACAAUUCUGGUUGAGACGAAGAUCAUGUCACCAUUGGGCAUUUCUGUGUUGAGAUGUGUUCGGCUAUUAAGAAUAUUUAAAAUCACAAGAUAUUGGAACUCCCUGAGUAACCUAGUGGCUUCACUCCUGAAUUCAGUCCGUUCCAUUGCCUCCCUCCUGCUGCUCCUCUUCCUCUUCAUCAUCAUCUUCUCACUGCUGGGGAUGCAGCUUUUUGGGGGCAAGUUUAACUUUGAUGAAAUGCAGACCAGGAGGAGUACAUUUGACAACUUCCCCCAGUCCCUCCUCACUGUGUUUCAGAUCCUGACUGGGGAGGACUGGAAUUCGGUGAUGUAUGAUGGGAUCAUGGCUUAUGGCGGCCCCUCUUUUCCAGGAAUGUUGGUCUGUAUUUACUUCAUCAUCCUCUUCAUCUGUGGGAACUACAUCCUGCUGAAUGUAUUUUUGGCCAUUGCUGUGGACAACCUUGCUGAUGCGGAGAGUUUAACAUCUGCACAGAAGGAAGAGGAAGAGGAAAAAGAAAGGAAAAAACUAGCUAGGACUGCUAGUCCUGAAAAGAAACAGGAGAUAGAGAAAACAGCUGUGGAGGAGGAGACAAAGGAGGAGAAAAUUGAGCUGAAAUCAAUCACUGCUGAUGGAGAAUCCCCACCUGCUACGAAGAUCAACAUGGAUGACUAUCAGCCAAACGAAAAUGAAGAAAAGAGCCCAUAUCCCACAACAGAAGCACCAGCAGAGGAAGAUGAGGAAGAACCUGAGAUGCCUGUCGGCCCUCGGCCUCGCCCAAUGUCUGAGCUGCACCUCAAGGAAAAGGCUGUCCCCAUGCCUGAUGCCAGCGCUUUUUUCAUCUUCAGUCCUAACAACAGGUUCCGUGUCCACUGCCAUCGAAUCGUUAACGAUAACAUUUUCACCAACCUGAUCCUAUUUUUCAUCUUGCUCAGCAGCAUCUCCUUGGCAGCUGAGGACCCCGUCCGACACCUCUCCUUUAGGAACCAAGUUCUCUUUUAUUUUGAUAUAGUUUUUACUGUCAUUUUCACCAUUGAAAUUGCUCUGAAGAUGACCGCAUACGGGGCUUUCCUCCAUAAGGGCUCCUUCUGCAGAAACUAUUUCAACAUCUUAGACCUGCUGGUGGUCAGCGUUUCUCUCAUCUCUUUUGGAAUCCAAUCCAGUGCCAUCAAUGUGGUGAAGAUUUUGCGUGUUCUGCGAGUGCUUCGACCUCUGAGGGCCAUCAACAGAGCCAAAGGACUAAAGCAUGUGGUCCAAUGUGUGUUUGUUGCCAUCCGAACCAUCGGAAACAUUGUGAUUGUCACCACUUUGCUGCAGUUCAUGUUUGCCUGCAUUGGAGUUCAGUUGUUUAAGGGCAAACUCUACAGCUGUACUGAUAGCUCCAAGCAGACUGAAGCAGAAUGCAGAGGGUACUACAUCACAUACAAGGAUGGUGAGGUCAGUCAGCCGAUGAUCCAACCCCGGAGCUGGGAGAACAGCAAGUUUGACUUCGACAAUGUCUUGACUGCCAUGAUGGCCCUCUUCACUGUCUCAACCUUUGAAGGAUGGCCAGAGUUGCUGUAUAGGUCCAUUGAUUCCCACAUGGAGGAUGUGGGACCCAUCUAUAAUCACAGGGUUGAGAUCUCCAUCUUCUUUAUUAUCUACAUCAUCAUCAUUGCUUUCUUCAUGAUGAACAUCUUCGUUGGUUUCGUCAUCGUCACAUUUCAGGAACAAGGAGAACAAGAAUACAAGAACUGUGAGCUGGACAAGAACCAGCGCCAGUGUGUAGAGUAUGCCCUGAAAGCCCGGCCCCUGCGGAGAUACAUCCCAAAAAACCAGUACCAGUACAAAGUUUGGUAUGUGGUCAACUCCACCUAUUUUGAAUACCUGAUGUUCGUUUUGAUCCUGCUGAACACCAUCUGUCUGGCCAUGCAACACUACGGUCAGAGCUGCAUGUUCAAGGAAGCCAUGAACAUCCUCAACAUGCUCUUCACUGGCCUCUUCACUGUCGAGAUGGUCCUGAAGUUAAUUGCCUUCAAACCCAAGCACUAUUUCUGUGAUGCAUGGAAUACAUUUGACGCCUUGAUUGUUGUGGGUAGCAUUGUUGAUAUAGCAAUCACCGAGGUGAACCCAGCUGAAAAUACCCAAUGCUCUUCCUCUAUGAACGCAGAGGAAAACUCUCGCAUCUCAAUCACCUUCUUCCGACUCUUCCGCGUGAUGCGUCUUGUGAAGCUCCUGAGCCGAGGGGAGGGCAUCCGGACACUGCUCUGGACCUUCAUCAAGUCCUUCCAGGCUCUCCCCUAUGUGGCUCUUCUAAUAGUGAUGCUGUUCUUCAUCUACGCCGUGAUCGGGAUGCAGGUGUUUGGUAAAAUUGCACUGAACGAUACCACAGAAAUCAACCGCAACAACAACUUCCAGACCUUCCCCCAAGCGGUGCUGCUGCUUUUCAGGUGUGCCACCGGUGAGGCCUGGCAGGAAAUCAUGCUGGCGUGUCUCCCAGACAAGAAGUGCGACCCCGACUCAGAGCCGGCCAACUCCACCGAAGCCGACCACUCCUGUGGCAGCAGCUUUGCUGUCUUCUACUUCAUAAGCUUCUACAUGCUCUGUGCCUUCCUGAUCAUCAAUCUUUUUGUAGCCGUUAUAAUGGAUAACUUCGAUUACCUGACACGGGACUGGUCCAUUUUAGGACCACACCACCUAGAUGAGUUUAAAAGGAUCUGGGCAGAGUAUGACCCUGAAGCCAAGGGACGGAUCAAGCACUUGGACGUGGUGACACUGCUCCGGCGGAUUCAGCCUCCACUGGGCUUCGGGAAGCUUUGCCCUCACCGAGUGGCUUGCAAACGCCUUGUCUCCAUGAAUAUGCCACUAAACAGCGAUGGAACUGUCAUGUUCAAUGCCACCCUCUUUGCGCUGGUCAGAACUGCACUGAGGAUCAAGACAGAAGGUAACCUGGAGCAAGCCAAUGAAGAGCUUAGAGCAAUAAUUAAGAAAAUCUGGAAGCGCACCAGUAUGAAGCUGCUGGACCAGGUGGUGCCUCCUGCAGGUGAUGAUGAGGUGACUGUUGGGAAGUUCUACGCCACUUUCCUGAUUCAAGAGUAUUUCCGGAAGUUCAAGAAACGCAAAGAGCAGGGCCUGGUGGGCAAGCCCUCCCAGCGCAACGCACUCUCCUUGCAGUUUGCUGUUUUGCAGGCUGGUUUGCGCACACUUCAUGACAUUGGUCCAGAGAUCCGACGAGCGAUCUCUGGAGACCUGACAGCUGAAGAAGAGCUAGAUAAGGCUAUGAAAGAAGCUGUUUCUGCUGCCUCUGAAGAUGAUAUCUUCCGGAGAGCCGGAGGCUUGUUUGGAAACCAUGUCAGCUAUUACCAAAGUGAUGGCAGGAGUGCAUUCCCCCAGACAUUCACCACGCAGAGACCUUUGCACAUCAAUAAGUCUGGCAACAACCAGGGAGAUACCGAGUCUCCAUCUCAUGAGAAGUUGGUGGAUUCUACCUUCACUCCCAGCAGCUACUCAUCUUCAGGCUCCAAUGCAAACAUCAACAAUGCCAACAACACAGCCCUGUGCCGCUUCCCAAGCCCACCCAGCUACCCCAGCACUGUCAGCACAGUGGAAGGCCAUGGGACUCCAUUGUCACCUACCAUACGUGUGCAAGAAGCUCCUUGGAAACUACCUUCCAAAAGGACGCACUACUACGAAACAUUGGGACGCUCCAGUUCCAGAGACAGCCAGCUGGCAAUUGUUUGCCAAGAGGAAGUGUCUCAGGAUGAGACUUAUGAUGAAAAUUUGAAUGAAGACAUUGAGUACUGUAGUGAACCAAGUCUGCUCUCUACUGAAAUGCUUGCAUACCAAGAUGACGAAAACAGACAACUUACUCCACCAGAAAACAACAAAGGAGAGGACACCCGGCACUCUCCGAAGAAAGGGUUUCUGUGCUCCUCAGCUCUAGGUCGACGAGCAUCUUUCCACUUAGAGUGUCUGAAAAGACAGAAAAACCAGGGCGUAGAUGUCUCGCAGAAGACAGUUCUGCCUUUACAAAUGGUACAUCAUCAGGCACUGGCGGUGGCCGGCCUGAGCCCCCUCCUCCAGCGAAGCCAUUCCCCCACCACGUUCUCCCGGCUGUGCGCCACACCGCCUGCUACACCCUGCAGCCGAGGCUGGCCACAGCAGCCCAUCCCGACGCUGCGCCUCGAGGGGGCUGAGUCCAGUGAGAAGCUCAACAGCAGCUUCCCCUCCGUGCACUGCAGCUCCCGGUUCCCCGACAGCUCUGACUGUGGCAGCCCAAGGAGAGCCAGGCCGGUGUCCCUCACCGUCCCCAGCCCGACGGCAGGGAGCAGCAGGCAGUUCCAUGGCAGCGCCAGCAGCCUGGUUGAAGCGGUGUUGAUUUCGGAAGGACUGAUGCAGUUUGCUCAAGAUCCAAAGUUCAUUGAGGUCACGACCCAGGAACUCGCUGACGCCUGUGACAUGACGAUAGAAGAGAUGGAAAACGCAGCAGACAACAUUCUCAAUGGUAACAGCAAGCAGAGCCCCAAUGGCAACCUGUUGCCUUUUGUUAACUGCAGGGACGCAGGGCAGGACAGUGCAGGCGAGGAAGAGGAAGAGGUGCAGAACCCGGAUUGUAGAAAAAGUCAGGAGGAGCUGAAGGACAGCAGGAUUUAUAUCAGCAGCCUGUAGUUGCCAGGGCUGGAAGCGAUGCUGGUUUUUUAUUUGUUUCAAUGUUCCUAAUGGGUUUGUUUCAGAAGUGCCUCACUGUUCUCGUGACCUGGAGUAACCGGAACAGCGUUCUUCAUUCAUUUCUGUUGGGACGAGUCGCAGAGUUGGGUGGUGGCAGAGAACUUGUCAGGAGCGGAUAGGACCCCGGCACGCGUCCGCCUGGAAAGAGCGUGGCGCCCAGGAGGAGAGUCAGCUCCCUCUUUUUCCAGUCCCUGCACAAGGCACGACGACUGCCUCCCAAGGGCGGCCCAGCCAAACGCGCCCGGCCUCCAGCGGGCAUCCUUCAACUUUGCUUGUAAAAAUCAUUUUGCACACGUUCUGUCCGAGCCUCACCGCCCCCGGCCACCCCGGCCCCGCCGCCCGGGCCCGGAGGACGCAGCGCCGCCAAAAGGGGAGCGCGGGGACUGCAGCGGCUCCUGCUGUUGGCCAAUCAGAGCUCGAGGGUUGCUCUCCAGCCAACCCGAGCAUGGGCAAGUCACCUGCCGACCAAUCGGAGUUCAGACAGCCGGCCGCGCCAGCCAAUGGGAGAGCGGGGAGUGGCCGGGCACGGGUCUCUCUCCUUGUCCCGCAGUUGGGUGUUUCCUUGAGAGCAUGUUGCGGUUUUUAUUUCGACUAUUUUAUUUUUAUUAUAAUUUUUCAGAGGGAGAAGGGAGUGUUUACAAGGUUCUGUAACCACCUACCUUUUUGUUUGGGUUUAUUUUCACCUUUGCAGAUGUUACGUUGGUUUGACCAUGUUGUAUUAUUUAAGCCAGGUUCUCUUCUCCGUUGGCAUUUGGUAGAAGCAUAACGCUGUAGGCGAGUUUUACCGACCACUAUGUACACCGAGACUCUGUCGUUUGAUUUGCUACCGAGCGGAACCUCCUUUUUUUGUUGUUGUGUUAUCAUAUAACGGCAGCGGGCAACGUGCUUGGCACAGCCCCACGUGUCCCAGGGACCAAUGGGGCCAUUGGGAUUCAGCGCCGAAGCAGCGCCUGCUGCCGGGAGGGGAACCAGUAACUCUUUGCAUCUUCUGUUCCACAAGAUAUGCAAAAGCAAUGCAAUAAUAUUAAUUUUGAAAUACAAUCAUAAGUCGUGUUGGCAUUAAAACUGUAUAGAGAAAAAGAAAAUUAACGGGGCGGGGGGGGGACAACCAAGCAGAAGGCGUUACGCUUCAAUAUAUUCCGUGUGAUGUUUUAUUGCAUUGAUGAUGUUUCUGUUGAAGAAACCGUUAUACUUGAAUUCAGGUCAGUUUCGGUAUUUUUCCAAUAUUUUUUUAAAAGGAAUUGCAAUUGUGCCAAGCAAAUAUAUCGAAUCGAAUUCAGUUUGUUUAAAAAGGAAAAGAAAAAAAAAAAAAAAAAAGAGUCACUUCUUGUAUAUUUUGCUGCAUGUCAAGUGAAUCAUUUCGUAUUUGGAAUGUGCCAAGCUUUACCUUUGAACUUUUAAGUGCUUUUCUACGUGUGGUCGGGGACAGGGGUACUAUUUUUUUUUUUCCUUUUUUAAUUUGUACAAUGAACAAAGUGUACCUGGUGUAAGUGACUAUUCUGCAAUCCACUGACAGGUCGAACGUUACUGAUUUUGCAUAUCUUGUGUUCAUUACCCUUCCUCCUCACCCCUUUAAACAUGCACGAUGACUUUGUUGGUAGAGUACCUUUCUUCCCGAGGCUGGGACGUUUUGUUCAGGCUUUGUUCUCUUUCCUUUUGCUCAGCCUCUCUGAAGGUCUCUUCCCACGAGAGGGUGGUGAGAUCCCCAAGCCCACGUGGAAGAUCCAUCCCAUCUCUUCAGCUGGCACCAGCAAUUCAGGGAGGGGAAAAGCACCUGCUUGCAGAUUGAGGUUAGAUAGUUCAUCUGAUGGUUGUAACAGGAUCCUGGAGUAAGGAUGCAAAUGGCAGAAUCAUUUGCAAAAUAAAUGUGCCUAACUCUGGACUGAAAGCACUGGGUAAGUGAGGGACAGAGCUCUGGAUCGUUGCUUAGGAAAAUUGUUGUGGUCUGGUCAUGACACGGAUGUUCGGUGACUUUCGUGUGUUUCCAUGCACGUUCCCAGACCUUAGCAUAUGGGUCAUGCUCUAAGUCACAAAACAUCCGAUGGCACAGCGUGUCCCGGCCAUACUUCCCUGCUGCUGAGUGCGAACCUUUCCUGAUUCACCCCACGAUGGUACACGGCCCUCACCCAUGGCAGAGGCUGAGAAACCAGGGAGAUAUUAUUAGAUUUUAUGUGGCUGAUUUCUGUCUAGACUGCUACUGUUUUUUUUUUUCCAUUUUCAAGAUGUUUCACAAACUUGCAGAUGAGUGCUCAUAGGUGUGAUCUGACUCAGAGCUAAACUUUCAUUCCAGUCUUGAGCUUCACAGAUGUUUGAGUACAUCAUUUAUUAUGUAUUUUUGUAAUGCCCUUGGGUUUACUUCUUGACUCUGCUUGGGCCAUUAAGCAGAAAUAGUGGAAGAUAUUUUUGAAAGUGCAGUUUUUCCUUGUUAUUUUGAACUGGCCAGUAGCAGCUCGAGAUGCCUUGCCAACAAAUCCUUUUAAACUGGGGAAAUGUGAACCUACUUAAGCAACCAUCUGGCAUCAGAGUCCCAAUCCAAGUCCCUGGAGAAAGCAACCACCUGAAGUCUGUCAGCCUCAUUUUUUCCAUCCCUCUUGUCUGUACCGAGAUUGGCAUGCGAGCAGUUCUCCCUUUGUGAGUUUGCUGUUGGUAGCUCUGUAGUGCUCCAAAGCUACUUGAAAGGAAAUAAUGCAGUACUGGCUAUUUUCUGUAAAUGAAAGCAGCAAAGGGGCUCCCUGUCUCAUUUUCCUCCACUAGAAAGUCCCCCUGGCCCUCCCAGUAAGGGGCAGAGGUGCUCCUUGCUCCUGAUUAACAAAGUUCUGGCCUAGAGCAGCAGAGGCAAGGGGCAUUCUGGAUGUCUACCAGCACUUGUCAUCUUUUAGGACUUUUCCUGAGGGGAAGGAGAAGAAUGGAAAGGACUGUGCCCUGCACAUUGCUGGUGAAGCUGUGGCUCCCCCAUGGGUCAAAGGUGACAAUAGCCAGGGAAAUCCCUGCAGUCUGCUGGAAAAUGGCUUAGGUCCUGCAGAGUGAGAAAUGUAUGGCUAGCAGAGCAUGCAGAUGCCUUGUGCUGUCUGAGGGGCAGUUCAAUAUAGCCAUUGCUGGUGCCAGCUGUGCAAUUUUCUCUUUCUGGGGAGGGUGGCUUUUUUUUAUUAUUAUUAUUUAUUUCCAUUUGAGGUACACGCAACAUGCACAUUGUGACAGGCCUGAGCAAAGAGCUACUGCCUCCUUCAGGUGAGGUGGAGUCUGGGGGUGAUGGAAGUGGGGCAGGCAUGGUAGGCGGGGUCCUUCCUCUCCCGGUGCAUGGGAGUAGAUGGUGGGUACAGACACUGUGCUGUGGAUGGAAGCCACGGAGGAACCAAUGGCCAAGGAGUGGCAUGGAAUGAAGGAAAGAAAGGGGAAAACGAUCUGCUGUUUGCCACUGAGCAUCUCUGACUUGCAGGAGUACACUGCAGACUAAAGACAUUUCUUACAAAACAACAAACCUCAUCCCUUUACCACUCCUGCUCAUUACUCCAGGCAGUACUGGGCCAGCCACACCGGGUGCAUUUCUUUUUUCUUCCUUAUUCUGUGUGGCUGAUGUGACAGGGAAGCAAGCGGAACUCGUGGUCCAGAGCUGGGGUUUCACUAUCCGCAGACCUUUUUUGCAUCACCUGUAUCUUCAGCUGGACAUACGGAUGAUGAUGGUGUGGAUGCUGCUGCUGCUGCAGGGUCCGGCCUGGUUUGUUACCCUGCCCACUUCACCCAGCACGGAAGGACAGCCAGAGAGGUGCCAUGUACAGAACCGCAUCUAUUUCUGCUUUGUUUUCUGACUCAGAACCCUGCCCCCAGUGACUAUGACAACGAUGAUGAAAACAACAACAACAAAAAAAGGGCAAAUGCAUUUUUUACAUUUCUUGAUAAUUUCCAAAGCAAUGUAUCAUUGCUUUCUUUAGACUGACGCCAAUAUAACAGUUGUAUGGGUCUCAGCCAGGCUCCUGUGUCUUUUCUGCCUGAUAGUUUCAGAUUGCUGUAUGAAAUGUAUGCGCGUUUGCACACAGACACAAUCGCACAAGGUGACAGCACCACGAGCCCGUGGGGUUGCGGACUUGUGUUGUAGGUGAAGCUGGAGGCCUUGCUUCCUACGUCUAGGUGAGAAACCCCAACCCAUGGGCCCAGAAAGCUGAAGUGGGGCAUCCCCACUGAGUCAGAACUGAGCAUCCUAUGGUAUGGGCCAGUUGAGACUGUCCCAGGAUAGGGUGGGGAGAGGAACAGCGAGGGGGGAAACAAAGUAAAUAGAAUCCAUUCAGAGGCUUCUGGCAGUGGUGAGAUUUUAUCAGUUCCAAUAAUUAAUCUGUAGCGUGUAUUAAAAAAAAAAAAAAAUCCUGGCCAUCAGAAGCCCCUGUUCCCAUCCUGCUAACACAGGGAUAGAGUUCACUAGUGGUCAGGGAGGUUUUACUAAUAUAAAGAAUGUGGAAAACAGAACUGAGCCUAGAAAGAACUUAAUAUUUUUCCUACAUUUAUUUUCUUCUCCAAAGAUGAAGAAAUGCAAAUUUCAAUAGCUGCAUAGGAUUUCUUUUCUCAUCUUUUGAAUGUUGCAAAGAUAUAAAAGUCUUGUUCUGGAUUAGCGAGCCCAGGGAUCCAAAAGGUUUCCGAUGGGAUCUCAGUCUGUGGAGCUUUGCUCUCUCUUGCUUUGUUUCUGGACAGCUGAAACCAUUGUGGCCUUGCUGCUCCAGUGCCUGAGAAGGUAUGGCUGAAGGCAGAAACACAGCAUAAAGAAAUCCUGUACUGAAAACAAGACCAAGCCACAAUUGCUAUCAGAGUAGCAGCAUCACACUGGAGUGGAAAAAUCCUUUUCUGAAAUGAAAUUUAGUGUUCUAGUUCAAUCUUCCAUUCUUCCCCCACCCUAUGCAGGGAACAUGACUUAACUGUUAAUUAACACUUGAUCUUAAAACAGGCCUUUAAGGGCACAGACCUUGAUUGAGCUGCCAAAAUGUGUGCAUCCUCUGCCAUCUGAGAUACCCUGCAGUAUUCUGCCCAGCCUGCAACAGAAGUUCCAGGAGGGCACAACACUUCUCCUUGACUGGUGCCAUGUCUGCCAGCCCCACAUGUGCUGUGUGGGCCUCAGACGGCAGGGGACAGUUAGGCAACUUAACCAAGUCCCUUUCUGAAGGGCUAACCAAGCCGAGCAGCACCAACAGCUGAAGUAAGGAGGGAAUCUUCUUUAGCAUUACCAAGGGCUUAGCAAGGCAUGACUGGGAGCCCAUCUCCAUGCUCCCAUGCUGUUCUCCCACCCCACGCCAUGCGGGCAGGCCCUGCUCCUAUGGCCUGGAGCCCUGGCACCCUGCCCAGCCCUCACCCAGCACAGGCCUAGUGCCUGCACCCCAGGCCCUCGGAGUAGCAGCAAGAGCAGGCAUGGUCCCACCCCACAGUGCAUUUUUUUCUGACAGUGUUCAAACAGCCCCUUUCCAAAGCAUUUUCCUAUUCAAGACAGACCCACGGGCUCAGACACCAUUCAUUAGCCUCAUCAUUCAGAGGAUAAAAUACCUGUGUUUUCCUGUUUCGUUUUGCAUUUUGUCCAGUCAGGCAAAAUGCAAGCUCUUCCUCAAACAGGCUGUAAUGCCUUUUAAUAUAUAUAUUUUUUUCUAAUAUUUUAAGCAUCCCAAGCCAGUCCACUCCCAUCCUAAGCAGGUAGACUGGUAACCAAUACUACCUAAACAUCAUCGACUUCAUGAUUGCUCAUCGGAGUGAUUGGUUCAGGAUUAUUCAGUCUUGACAAUUUGAAUGUGGGAAGAUUUAAGAGGAGGAGGAGUCAGAUUGUAAAUAUCUCUUUGACAACAUUGCUGCAUCACACACAAAAACGGGGAGAUACUUUUAAAACUGCCUUAAAAAUCAAUUCCGAAUGACGGAGUCUCCCUCCAAACAAUUGCCACUUGGUAGAUCAAGGGAUAAGUCGCUUUGGGUAAAUUCUGGCAAGAAAUGGUUGGAAUCUGGUCCAGUUUGGGAAAUGUAAAUGUAAUUUAGGAGCUGAUCUCUCACUCAGUCUGACUUCAUAUCCACACUAACGACUGAGCACUGCAGGAUCCAAACUGCUUAAGGCAUGGGGUUGCUGUACCUGGCCUGUAUCUGUAUGGCGCGGUCUGGCCUGGCAAGGUACUGCAUACCUGUGUUUCCCGGUGACUUCAGGGAAGAUGGGGUUCCUCAACACCUCUUCUGUUCAGGCCCUGGAGCAUCAUUUCCUGCUCUGAUCAUCAGCUAUAACUGUUGAUAAAUAUAAGUGUUUUGCCUUCAUUUGAAUUGCCCAGAGCUGUAAAAUGACCUCUCUCAAGUAUAAACCAGUCAGUCACCUCCUCUCCCACUCUUCCCUGUGCUCCCUGCCCACCCCAGCCCUCCCUCUCACCUCCGCCCAAGUCCUUCCCUCUCUCAAGUCUUUACCUCCUUCCACAAUUUUAUAUCUAGUUUUCAUGAAGCCACAGAAAUGCUUUUGUAAAUAAUGCUGUACAGUUUGUAACCAUCAUGUAAGCCUGUCAUCAGUGCCAGAGUCCGUCUUGCCCUCUCGCACGUUUUAAAGUCAACAGAGAAAAGUUAGAGUGAAUGGCCCGCAAGCGAGCUAUAGGGUCAUCUCUGUGUGGGACAAAUGUAUAUUCCUGUAAGAUUGCAUUUUUAUCUAAGGAAUGAUGUUAUUUUAAAAUUGCUAAUAAAUUUCUAAACAAUG